GAAGCGCACAACUGAAUCAUUCAUCAGCUCCCACGCAUGUGCAUCCAUCGCUGAUAGACAUCGCCAUGAGUGGGAUCUUUCGAAUCAACCGCUAUCCGUAUCAACGUCGGCUGUUCCGAUGGCAGCAGAUGGGUGUCCUGUACGUGCUCGCCACGUGCCUCAUGGCCUUCCUCGCCAGGCAAACAGCCGCACUCUCCAGCCACACCAGCCAUGCUCCGUCGUCGAGCAGACCGACGUGCCGCUCGUUGGUCGGCCGCACUGAUGAUUCACGGCAACGCAGAUCUCGACUCGUCCAGGUGUGCAAGAUAGCGCAGAGAUGCCCUGUGCAUUAUGGAUAUACACCACUCACUGCGCGUCUGUCUUUGUUCAGAUGAUGCGUGUGCGCGGGGGUGCGGAGGGCGACAGCGACUUUGAUGCGGAGGACGACUUUGGCGAUUCGCUGGUCGAGGCCGACUUUGAGAGCGACAACUCGGUGCAGAGCAAGCUGCUCGACCUGCUCAAGGCAUUCGACAGAACGCCCCCCAUUACAAAAGGGUCGGUCAGUGACAGACACCAUUGAAGGCAUUCACCCAUGGUCUUCUGUCUGUGUCUGUCUGUCUGUCAGGUAUCUGUUGACGUCAGCCUUCCUGACUGGUGGGGCGUAUUUUCUCACGGCUAAGAAGGUCUUUCCACGAGAGCUCAUGUACGACUGGAAGAAGGUGCUCCAGGGGCAGGUAUCAAUCAUAUCGAUAAACGUCUUCCUUAUUUGUGCAGAUAGGCAAACACAUGACAUGACGACCGGCACUCUCACUCUCUCUCUCUCUGUCUGUCAUUGGUGUACAGAUAUGGCGUCUGAUGACGGGGUUUUUCUACAUUGGUGACUUUGGCCUGUCCUACCUGAUGACGGCCCAGUUCAUAUGGACCUAUAUGGCCAACCUCGAGAAGCUCAACUACAAACACCCCGAGCAGUUCGCCAUCCUGCUGCUCUUUGGCAUGGCCUGCCUCACCCUCGCCUACCCCCUCCUCAAUGCCAUGGACCCCACGUGGGCCCUCGUCCCCGAAAUGCUCGGCCACAACCUCAGCAGCUUCAUGUCUGUGGGCACCGCACCGCUCGCAAUGAAUGGCUGGCUGACACGCUCACAUCCCACAUGCAUGCCUUCUGUGUGUGUGUGUGUGUUUGAGUGCAGUGUUUAUGUGUGGUCGCGCACGCACGAGGGCCAGGACGUCAAUAUCAUGGAUCUGUUUCAGCUGCGGGCCGAGUACCUGCCGUGGUUCUUCGUCAUGCAGACUUGGCUGCUCGAGGGACAGGCACCCACCUUCGACCUACUUGUGAGUAACAGACACACGUGGCACACGCCUCGUGUGGAUCGACGCGUGUGUGUGUCACUAACUGACAGGGCAUAGCAUUCGGUUGGUUGUACCACUGGCUCAAAAGUCGGCAUUGGCUGAAGUCGCCGCCCCCACUGAAGGAUUUGUUCAGGCAACCCGUGCUGAAGAGGCAGUAUGAGAAAUACGAGAAAGAGUUCGAAUAAAUAGAUAGUACAUUUCUGUACGGGAGAGGAAGGCAAGCAAGCAGGGGAGCGGGGGCUGUGCGGUGAGACUAUGGAUAGCAUGUGAUGCCCAAGAGCCUUUGUUUAUCCGUG